CGGCUGUAGAACUGGUUCUAUAUAUGGGUGUAACGUGUGUACUUUGUACACACGCACGCGCAUCUGUGUGGGAGGAUUGGUUCAAGCUCACCGGAAUGCGGGCGAUUCUCAAGCCACUGCACUGUGGGUGUAUUAGUGUCGGUUCGCGGGAUCUAGUGUGUGUGUGAGUGGGUCUAUUUUAUGUCGUCCCUGAUUACCAAGCGGAGAAUAUAUACAUUCAGAUUUCUAUAUGAUAUACACCCUGGACCCAUUCUCCAGGCUCAUAUUGUGUUAUAACGAAUGUUGAGUGGAUCGGUGAACACAGUAUUUCUGCCAUAUCACGAGGUGUUAGCCUGACGGGAGAGUAUUCCAGUCAUAGUGUGACGUGUGGGAGGAAAGACUGAACUAACGGUUUGAGGACGUUAAUAAAUUCCCACCCUCGGUAACGGGUGAGCUGCCGGCAAACGAAGGAUGACAAUCAGGGUGUAUCUGGGUUUCGAACCCAGGAUCAUUGGAUUAUUGCACGGCUAACCAACGCAAGUCUGAGGGUUGUCUGUGUAAUGACGAUGGAGUGACAUGUAGCAAUGGGUUGGAUACGCCCCACCAACACCGCCACCAACCCCGGAACGUCAACCUAUCCCCCCACGACAACAUUGCAGCAGAUACUGUACACGUGAUCACACAGUGCACUUUUAUCAAAAAUUUCACGGCGGGGGACACCAGAAAUGGGCUUCACACAUCGGCGUGACGAACGAACGCUUUAACCACUAGGCAACUUCACUGCCCCGUAUUAUGGAAUAAGGUGAACAAAAUAUUUUGUGAAAGUCGUCAUCACUUUGUACUCUCCAAGCUGGAACAUGUAGACAGAGCCCAUUCUGUAUAGGGAGUACUGGAAUUGUUUCGUGAAAACUCCUGGCAUUGCGUGUGCUCUGUGCGCUUUCUAGUCCAUAUGAUGUGACGUCAGCUGGUGCUCCUUGCAGGGGACACAAUGGAUGGAGAUCAGAUCAUGCAGCUCCGCCAAUUUAACCUUAGACUCCAGCAGGGGGGACAAGACGUACACGAUGCGUCACCAGACAGACCUAGUCCAGAGGAUGUAGAGAGGUCAGACACUGCCCUCCAUAUUGCCUGCAGAGCGGCUGACCUGGAUAGUGUCCGGCAGGUCUUGGUGGAGGAGGACGUCAAUAGUCGGGGACUGUACGGCAGGACAGCAGUGAUGGUGGCAGCACGGAGGGGGCUGAGAGAGAUGUUUGAUUUAAUUGUGAGCAAAGGAGGUGACUUGACGCUGGGCGACGAUAACGGCAAUAACAUCCUUCACCUGGCGUGCUUGGGCGGCGAUGUGGACAUUGUUCAGUAUGUCCUUUCACAAGACAUUGUGGACAUCAACAGCAGAGGCCAGUACGGCCGGACACCCGUGAUGUUUGCAGCGGAGAAGGGUCAUGGGGAAGUGUUGGAUAUUCUUGUGAGUCAAGGUGGUGAUGUGUCGCGUGUGGAUGGCAGCGGAAACAGCAUCCUCCAUGUUGCUUGCAUCGGUGGGAGUGUGGACAUGGUGAAACACGUGCUCUCUCAGGACAUUGUGGACAUCAACGGCGGGGGGCAAUACGGAAGGACGCCAUUGAUGUCUGCGGUAGGUAAAGGGCGCAGAGACGUAUUUGAUUUGCUGGUAAGCAACGGUGGGGAUGUGUCCCUCGUGGACAGCAGCAGUAACAGCAUCCUCCAUUUGGCCUGUAUCGGGGGACAUAUCGACAUGGUGAAGUAUGUCCUCUCACUGGACGUCGUGGACAUCAACGUUAGAGGACAAUAUGGCCGAACACCUAUGAUGUCGGCAGCAUGGCGGGGCCAUAGAAAGGUGUUUGAUUUACUUGUUCCUAAAGGAGGGGAUGUGUCGGUUGUGGACGAUGACGGGAACAACAUCCUUCAUUUAGCCUGUAUCGGAGGCCAGGUGGAGAUGGUCAAUUAUAUCCUCUCACAGGACAUUGUUGACACCAACAGUAGAGGUCAAUUCGGAAGGACACCUCUAAUGAUUGCAGCAGAAAAGGGACAAAGAAUUGUGUUUGAUCUUCUUGUAAGUAAAGGGGGUGAUGUGUCUCUAGCAGAUGACGACGGUAACAACAUACUUCACGUAGCCUGUAUUGGGGGACAUGUGGAGAUGGUGAACUAUGUCCUCUCGCAUGGCCCACUGGACAUCAAAAGUAGCGGACAGUACGGAAGGACGCCGGUGUUGUUGGCAGCAGAGAAAGGUCACAGAGACGUGUUUGACUUGCUCGUGAGUAAAGGAGACGAUGUGUCGGUUAUCGACGACGACGGGAACAACAUACUCCACAUGGCCUGUAUUGGAGGACAAGUGCAGAUGGUGCAGUACGUCCUCUCCCAGGACAUUGUGGACAUCAACAGCACGGGGCAGCACGGGCGAACUCCGGUGAUGUUUGCUGCAGAGAAGGGACACAGAGAUGUGUUCGACCUGCUUGUCAGUAAGAAUGCUGAUGCAACACUUGUGGAUGAUGAUAGUAACAAUAUAUUUCACGUGGCCUGUAUUGGGGGACAUGCGGAGAUGGUUAAACAUGUCCUUUCACAGAACAUCGUGGACAUCCCGAUGGAUACCAGACGGACGCACCUGUACGUCAACCCGCGUAAACAUUCAGUUUGCUUUUGAGUAAAAUGUGACAAUGACACUGUUAUUUCCAGCAUUUCGAAUCUUAGCUUCGGAUUAUGAUCCUUCAGCAUCUUACCGGGGCGAUCGGGUAGCCUAGAGGUUAAAGCGUUCACUCGUCACGCCGGAGGCCCGAGCUCGAUGACCAACAUGGAUACAAUGUUCAAUGUCCCGCCGUGAUAUUGCUAAAAGCGGCGUAAAGCCAUACUCACUCACUCACUAAUUAGCAUCUUACUCGUGCUCGUGCGUUUCACGUGUUAUAUGACCUGUGUGACCUGUACGCGCCCUGAUUUACACCGACAUCCUGAUAAUAUUAAAAGGUAUGUCACCUUGAUGUGGGAGGAAAGCCCGAAAUGAUACAGGUCUUAAACGUUUAUUAUCAGCGCGAAUCUGGGAUUCAAACCCGCGAUCAUAGGAUUCUGUUACCCCUAAGGGAGGCAAUUCUACGACAUUGUUGUUCCGUAUGACUGGGUCACCAAUAUGGAUGUCAAGCUUAUGAACCAUGAAACCAGAGCGUCAUCAGCUGCUUCAUUCAAACAAAUACACGGCCAGUGUUAUUAAGGUUCAACAGAAGAGUAUAUGAAUAUUUUCUUUGAUUAAUAUAUGCAAAUAUAUUCAAAAGUUUAUCAUGUGCUUUUUUAGAAGAACACUUGGGAAUUCCGGGUAAAAACUGAUUUCUAGGAAAAUAUUCUUGUAAGAAAAGUUAAUGGAUGGGUGGUCAGACUUGGUCACUUGGGCGAUUGUGCGUCCUUGUGCCCUUAAAGCGUGGAUCGUUGAUCGUAAUAUCAAUCACUGAUGUGUGUGGUCCGGACUAUGUAGAGGCCGCCGUCAUAUAGCUGGAAUAUGUCUGAUUGCGGCGUUAAAGAACAAACAAACAAACAAACAAUAUUCCAGAAGCAUCCAGUACAAGAAGUCAUGACAGUUCAUAUAUAUCCAUAAUUAUUAAGCAGUAACGCUUGCCUUUUGGGACAUAUGUUGGAGACCCGUAAAGAUUCGGGUUCCGGCUCUUCAGCAACCCAUGCUUACCAGAAGUGGCAAUGAUGCUUGUCGUAAGAGGCGACUAACGGGAUCGGGUAGUCAGGAUCGCUGACUUGGUUGAUGCAUGUCAUCAUAUCCAAGUU